AUGGAUCUCACCCUCGGCCGGUCAACUGGAAAGACAGACGGACAUACAGACAGACAUACAGGCCGAGUGACAGUUGAAGUCUAUCGACAACCCAUCUUAUCCCAUUGUCUGGGCGACAAGAGCAGUUCAUCAAUUUGCCAGCUGAGUCAUAUUUGUAUGUUGCACUUGUGUGAUGGUGGCGGGACGAGGAGAGCUUCGUCUGCUCGCCCCUUGUUCCACCGGGUGGGAUUCGUGUAG